AUGCCUUCUCUGAUGCAUUCGCGGGAUGAAGAUCUCAACGAUGAGAUGCCCAUGGAGAAGAAUGCUGGCCUCAUCAUGGGCACGAACAACAGCAGUAUUGUUUCCAAGCGAAGUGUAGAGAAGCUCUACCUGCCUCAGCCGCAUUUCUACCGGUAUUUUGUCCGGAAACCCAUACGACGAUCUCCCACCAUCAACAGAGGAUACUGGCUCCGUAUGAGAGCCAUUGACUGGGUAGUCAGGCAGUUCCUGGAAAAGGUUUCUGACCAGAAGAAAGUCAUCAUCAACCUCGGUUGCGGCUACGACCCGCUACCGUUCUCAUGGAUGGCACAUCACAAGGAGUUAUGCGACAACGCUAAGUUCCUCGAUGUAGAUUUCGAGGCACUGAUGCUCACCAAACGGGAGAUCAUCUUGAAUACACCUCAGAUGAAGGAUAUGCUGUCUAUGACACCCGAUGCUGAACUGGAGAAUGGAGUUGUCUUCAACUCGGUAGAGUACAGCGGGAUUGGGUGCGACCUGCGGAACUUGACGAGACUAGAGCGACUGAUCAAGUCUAUUGUCGACGUCGACCAGUGCCUCGUCCUCUGCGUCGCGGAGGUGAGCAUCACUUACAUGUCUACCGAAGACGCCGAUGCCUUGAUACGAUGGACUACAACCUUGUCGCCCGAUGUGACAUUCUGUCUGUUAGAACAACAGUCUCCGGAUCGGCCGGACAACCCUUUCACUGCAACCAUGCUGAAGCACUUCGCCAAACUCGGCACCCCACUGCGAUCGGUACUCAAGUACCCUGGCUCUCAUACCCAGACGCUUCGCUUCCAGGACGCAGGAUUCGCUCAUGUCACUAUGCAGAACUUAUGGGAGCUGUGGGCUGACCCGAGGUUCUUGUCCCCAUCGAUAAGAAUGUCGCUGGACGAGGUCGAGCCAUUCGACGAAUGGGAGGAGUUUGCCCUUUUCGGGUCACACUACUGCCUUCUCGUGGCACAGACGGGGCUCGAACCACUGAUUCCCGAGCAACAGAGGGGUUCAAGAAGGGCCUCUAUUGACAGCUUAGCAUCAGACCUCUCUACAAGGACAGUCUCGCCGCACCGAGAAAACACGCAAUGGUUCGCGUACACUUAUUCCGGAAACUCCGACAAAGAGGGGAGGACACAUCAUGGCUCCGCCUACAAGAUCCCUGAGCAAGACGCUCUGGGUUUGCAUGGUGGAGUCGGUCCAAAGGGUCGACUGUCGGCCACUUCAGUCUAUACUUUCGCCAAUUCCUCAAUGCCAUACCCUGCGGUCCCACCUGAAAAUAUUGGAGCCAGAUGCUGUCACACUAUCACAAGCUUUGGUCCCAAGCUGGAAAUGAACCUUCUUGUAGGCGGGCGAACUUCGCCUACUACUCCUUUAAAGGACUGUUGGUUGCAAAUUGGUGGAAAAUGGGAGCGAGUCCAUGACCUUCCCGAGCCUCGCUUCCGACACCGGUCUGCGGCCGUGGUACUCCCGCACGACCAGUAUGGCGUGGUAGUGUACGGCGGCAAAGUUUCGGAACAAAAGAUUGCUGUUGACACCCUGUUAUGGGACAAGCACAACGGAUGGCAAGUGCUCCGCAAUGUCAAAGACGAUCCCAUGCCGCGGUUUGGGGCAUCAUUCAUGCGCCUAGGAUUCAAUCACGGUCUUUUGAUGGGUGGUCUACGUCAAGAUGGAGUUGUCUGUCAAGGCCUCUGGAAGUGGCGCCUGAUCAUACGGGACAACAAGGUCAUGGGGAUCCACUUCAAGACUUCUACAGCCCUGGAUGCUUCCGCUGGAAUCUGGCCCUGGUUGGGUCGCUUCGGAGCAUCCUUCAGUGUCAUUAGGGACGAAGUUCUGCUUAUCGGCGGAAUCGCCAAGCAUGGUUGCAUUCCAAGAGACUAUGAGAUACUCUCCAUUGUUGGCAGUUUCUCCGCUUUCAACGACUAUGAAAAGGAAAUGGAGCUGAGAGUCGCAUGUGUCCUGCCCAGGAUCGAUCCGACCGUCCCUCGACCUUUCUUGAUCGGCCACUCCACCCAUUUCACGGCGGAAUCAACAACACUCAUUGUCGGGGGUGGAGCGACGUGUUUCAGCUUUGGUGCAUAUUGGAAUCCUGGCUGUUGGCUGCUGCACGACCGCGAAGCAGGUCCCAGCUCGCGUUGGGCUAUGAUGAAGCCUGAAGCAGUGGUGCCCGCUUCACAAUCGCGGCCAGACACGGGCGACGGCAAUUCAAAUCCCACGAACAUGGCUUCGGUCGAGCAUGUCGAUGUCCACACCGGUCGCGACUUUAUCCGCAUGCUGCAGGACGGCAUCCCCAAAGUAAUUGCAGCCCUGGACUUGGGUCCGUGCUUAUCCCAAUGGACGCCGUCUUACCUUCUAGCGAAGAUCCCGCCCUCAAAGUCAGUCGUCGUCCAUGCAGCUCAAAGUCGAACCAUGAAUUUCCAACGCAAAGACUUCACCUACAAAGCCACCUCCUUCCACGACUUCAUCGACCGCCUCCAAUCUGACCCGUCUGCACACAUGUAUCUUCGCUCCAUUUCCAGCACCAAUCCGACCACGACGCCUGCCGACUUCACCAGUGAUUGGCCCGAGAUCUCGGGAGAUUUCCACCUCCCAUCGUCGCUCUCGUUUGUCAAAGCCCAUCAACACAGCAGUCCUCUCCGAAUCAGCUCCAACGUGAACAUGUGGCUCCAUUACGACGUCAUGGCCAACGUGCUGUUCCAGCUCCGGGGCACCAGGAAACUGAUGCUCUUCCCCCCAAGCGACCUGAAGCACCUGUCCUUCCCGUCGGGGUCUACGUCGUCAACCAUCGACAUUUUCGAAGCACCCGAUGGAAACGGAACGCAAGCGGAAGCUGUGCGCCACGUCCCAAACACACACCCUCACGUCGCCGUCCUAAGGCCCGGCGAUGCAUUGUACAUCCCUCCACUAUGGGCGCACACAGCCACGCCGCAGUCGAGUGAAGUGCCGGUCUCAGCCUCGACCUCAGUCCCAAUCUCGACUUCGAGCCCCAUAGCAAAUUCCCACCCAAUAGCACCUCACGCAGCCACGACUGUCCCAAGCGACAACGAUGCCGCCGCCUCAAGAAUCAACAUCGCCCUCAACAUCUUCUUCCGCACGCUUGGGCCACACAAGUACGCCACAGGUCGGGACGUCUACGGCAACCGCGACCUCGCCGCGUACGAGGACGGCCGUCGCGACGUGGACAAAAUCGUCCGUCGCUUCCAGCAGACGACUCCCAAACCGAAAGAGAAGAACGAGCAGAAGGAGGAAAUACCCGGCGCAGAAACAACCAGUGCUGACGACGCAUCCGUGUCUCCCGGUGGAAUUGCAAAGCCCGGUGAUGAUGGAGGAGUCGACACGGCAACCAUACCAAGAGAGAUGGCCAAAGCUUACCUUGAGAGAUUGGCGGCGGAGUUGCUCGAGCGGGCGGAAAAGCUGUGA